GACACAGCACCUGGCCAGGCGCGAUCAGGCCCCACGGGGGCGCUAGGGCACCCAGGGUCUCCGCGGUGUAGUCCUCUAUGGCCUAGGACUUGCUACGCUGACCAGGCUAGUCUCAGGAGUCUCGGAAUCCUCUGGUCUCCACUUCCUCAGGAUUAAAGUCGAGUGCUACGGCCCGACUUUACCUAAUAAUCUGUCAUCCUACUGAUUGCUGGGAGGCCCUGAAGGUUGCCCAGGCUAGCACUCUCCAGCCUUUUCCGCCAGUUCUCUGACACCCCGCUCCCCUACCCCGUGUGGUGGGGCCAGUGAGGUCCAGGCCCUGGACCCCUCCUUUCGGGCUCAUCAGAAAACUGAGGGUGAUGAGGUCUGCUGGGCUGUCCAGGCCCCUGGGGAGGGUCCAGCCUGUGGUGACAGCUGGACUUGCAAGACUGAAUGAAUUCAAGUCGUCCCUCGAAGUCCGCAGCCCCACUAAGCCCGGACCAGCACGGGGCUCUGGGGAAACCGAGGCAGGCGGGAGCAGCUUCAGCCCUGGGCGUGGGAAGUCGCUGAGAAUUCCGGGCGCUGCCCCCGCCCCCUGCCGCCUGGCCCGAGCGGGGCGCCCGGAGUACCGGCUCCGUCCGUCCGUCCGUCCGUCCGUCCGCGGCCCAGGUUCCGGGUCCCCCACCCCGCCAGGCUCACGUGGCCGCCGCUCCUCUCACCUCCUUGGCUGGUGUCACUGCCUGGCCCCGGCUACCACUUCCCCUGUGGGACCUCCCGGGUUUCCCCUCAGAAGGCAACGCAUCAGUACAACACGCCAGCGCAGUCUGCCGCGUGUUCCAGAGGCACUGCAUGUUAUUUCUGAGACGGUGUCACCACGUAGGUCCGCCUGUCCUGGAUCUCGCUCUGCAGCCCAGGCUGGCCUCGAACUCACAGAGCUCCGCCUGCCGCUGCCUCCCGGUGCUGGGCGCCACCGCACCCAGCUGAACUAUACUUUUAAUUCGGUUUAUAGAGCCGUGCUGGACACAGGGGGAGGGAUCUGUGCUUUGAUGUGA